AUGGAUGCAGCAGUUGUUGAGAUGUAUCGUGAGGUUGGCGCACUUUUGUCACGCUAUCGCAGUGGAAAAUUGCCAAAGGCCUUCAAAGUCCUUCCGAAAAUGAUCAACUGGGAGCAGUUGCUAUAUCUUACAAAUCCGGAUAAAUGGUCAGCAGCAGCAAUGUAUCAGGCCACUAGAAUAUUUGCAUCAAAUCUUCAUGUGAGGAUGUGUCAAAGAUUUUAUAAUUUGGUGUUGUUACCGCGACUGAGAGACGAUAUUGCUGAAUACAAAAAGCUAAAUUUUCAUCUAUUUCAAGCGUUGCAUAAAGCAAUGUACAAGCCGCAAGCUUUUUUCAAAGGAAUUCUUUUGCCGCUUUGUGAGAUUGCAAAUAUGGAAUAUACGGGCACAAAUUCCCUGUUUUUGCGGAUUCUCAUUGAUAAAAAAUACACUUUACCCUAUCGAGCCAUCGAUGCACUCGUAAAUCACUUUUUGAGGUUUCGAAAAGACGAACGACAUUUGCCGGUUGUUUGGCAGCAAUCACUGUUGGCAUUUGCGCAGCGUUACAAGAAUGAUAUCAAUGACGAGCAGCGUGUUUCGUUGUUGGAGCUUACUAAAAUACAUCAUCAUUAUCAGAUAACACCUGAAGUUCGGCGUGAAUUGCAAUCCGUGGAGAAGAAAGAACCGGAUUCUGCAGCAAUGGAGUGCUAG